GGGCGGCACGGUUGCUGCUGCGCACGCGCAGCCCGUUUCAAAUUCGGUGGCCCGCUCGGUGUAGCGGGCGCGUGGAGGGCGGGGUUCAUGGCGCGGGAACCCGGAAGCGCGCGCCCAGCGGCUCGGACCUGUGGCGCCCGCCGCGGAUCUCCUCCCGGGCUUGUCCGGGCCACUGCCAGCUGCUAGUCCGGCGGCUCCGUCGGUGCUCGGCCUCCUCUCGCCGGCGCCGCCUUGGGCUUCGUCCUUGGCCUGCCUGCCUGGGCCGAGCGGGGCCGCAACAUGGCGGGGUCGGGUCUGGAUCAUCUCAAAAAUGACUACCGAAGAAGAUUUUGCCGACCUUCCAGGGCACCUGACAUUAAUACUGAGCAAAGCCAGAACAUGCUGGAAAUCUUAGAAAACUGUUUUGAAGAAAAAAGUCUCAUUGAUGAUUUUAUCACAAAUUCUACAAAAUCAGUGCUUUAUUUAACACCCAGCAUAAAAAACAGUGGUAUUCAGUCACCAAGCAAAGACUGCCAGAAAUCACACCCAAAGUCAUUUCAAGAAGCCACCCUGCAAGGCGUUGUAGAACCAACUGAAGCUGCCAGCGGAUCAGUUCAGGUUCAUGAAAUUCAUCAGAAAGUUCUGACAGCUGAUGUUUGUUCUAAAAGUACACCUGACUUGAAGAAAAAGUCAGGUAAAAAACUGAAUGGUCUUUGCGCAGAAGCUGAUGAAGAAUUUUACAUAUCAGUUGGUUCACCCACUGUUCUUUUGCAUGGAAAACCAUCUGAAUCGCAAAAUGCUAUUUCAUCAGCCCAAAAGAGAGAAACUCACACUUUUGGAAAUUCAGUAAAUAUGCUGUCUUCAAGUACAGAGAUUUCUCUUAAAACCAAGAAAAGGUUAAACUUUGAAGAUAAAGAUAUUUUGAGAAAAGUAGAGAGAGAAACUAACAAGUCAGAAGUAGAGGAUAAAGUAUCAGGACAAAAAGAAAGGAGACGAUCAGAAACAUCUCCAAAAAGAGUACAAGAUGUGGAACAUGAAAUUCCAUCACAAGCUAAAAAAAGUUUUUCAACAUUGUUUUUAGAAACUGUAAAGAGAAAAGGUGAAUCCAGUCCCGUUGUUAGGCAUACAGCAAUGGCUCCAUCUCAUUCAUCUCCUCCAAGUGAUGCAAAGUUAUUAGAAGAUGAAUUUAUAAUUGAUGAGUCAGAGAGAAGUUUCGCCCAUCAGUCUUGGAUUACAAUACCGAAAAAGGGUAGACCUUUGAACCAACCUACAGUAUCCUCUGCUGAGAGCGCUGCAGUCCUUCAAGAUAAGAAAGCAAGGCAACAUCAGAGUGUAUCGCCUGUGACUCUGACAAGUAACAAACAUUUACAUAAAGCUCACCCAGAAGAGAAAUCUAGACCCUCUAGUGAACAAAAACCAAAUACAAGUUGUAUUUUGAUAGAUGAAUUGGAAACUCAAAGUCCAUCUAGAAAUAAAAGGAAAAACAGAAAAGCAAAACAAGAACAGAAAAAAAAAAUGAACACCAAUGUAGUUGAAGAGCAGCCUGCUACAGGAUGGUCUAAAGAUGAAAAUAUGUCAGAUAUUGCCCAAGACAACUUACCGAAAAAUUCAGGUGGAACUCUUGAUGAUUGUGAAAAGAUAAGAAAUGAUGACAGUGCCAAAAAAGAGAUGCCUCCUGUGGAAAAUAUGAAAACAAAAUGUAGAUCCAAAAAAGAUAAGAAAGAAUCCCGAAAGAAGCAUAUUUCCCGUGAGUCUAAGAGGAAAGAACAGAUACCUGAAGAAAUGACUUCAACUGUCACAAGAAGUCGCAGAAUUUCCAGGCGUCCAUCUGAUUGGUGGGUGGUACGGUCAGAGGAAAGUCCUGUUCAUAGUAAUUCAUUAAGAAAUGAUAUAUCGGUGUAUCACAACAGCAGACGAAAACCUGCUAAGAAAACAAAUCAGUCAUCUAAGAAUAUUGUGAAAAAAACUGUUCCAUCAAAAAGGCAGAAGACAUCUACUCGAGGCAGCUCAAGAGUACAAAAGUUUUUAAACGUUGAAAAUUCUAGAGGUAUUACUGACCAUGAUGAAGUUUCCAGUUGUCCCCAGAAAGAGUCAUUGGAAAAUGAUAAGACAGACCUGACUAAGAAAAAAAAUCUUGAUUGUUCCAGAACAACAAGACAUUCCAAAGAUCAAGAUGAAAUUAUGUCCACACAGAAUGUUCGCCUGAAGUCUCAGAUCAGUGAAGAUACAUGUAAGACACCAGUAGAGUCUAAUUUAGAGUCUGGAGAGUCUAAAGCUUCAGUUUUGGAAGAAAGUGGACCUUCUAGGCUCAAGAAUUAUUUAAUGUCUGGAAACAAUAAUUCUGAUGUGAAUAAUGAGGUUCAGGAAAGUUUAGACAACUCAAGAGUAAAAGGAUGCAAAGUGGCACCAAGGAAUAACAUGCAUUACAAAUUAGUAUUACCCUCCAACACACCAGGUGUUCGCAGGACCAAGAGAAUACGUUCAAAACCUUUGGAAUACUGGCGAGGAGAGAGAGUAGAUUAUCAAGAAACACCAUCAGGAGGAUUUGUGAUUGGGGGAAUACUAUCACCAGAAACAGUAACAUCUAAAAGGAAGGCAAAAGGAAAUGUGGAAAAAGUCAACAAAAUACAUAAUAGGAAAAGGAUCUGUCUCGAUAACGUUGAAAGAAAAAGUAGAUUAGUGGUAAAUUGCGAUAUACCCCUGGGAGAUCCUUUCCAGCCAACGCAAGUAAAGGAUCCAGAAACAAGAGAGAUUAUUCUCAUGGAUCUUAUAAGGCCGCGAGAUACAUACCAAUUUUUUGUUGAGCAUGGCGAGUUGAAAGUGUAUAAGACAUUGGAUACACCUUUUUUUUCUACUGGGAAGUUGAUAUUAGGACCCUAUGAAGAAAAGGGAAAGCAACAUGUUGGUGAAGAUAUACUGGUUUUUUAUGUUAAUGUUGGUGAUCUUUUGUGUACUUUACAUGAAACACCUUAUACAAUAACUACUGGGGAUUCAUUCUAUGUUCCUUCAGGGAAUUAUUACAACAUCAAAAAUCUCCUGAAUGAGGAAAGUAUACUUCUUUUUACUCAAAUAAAGAGGUGAAACGACGAGGCAAGUUUAAAUAGGGGUGGGUGUGUAUAUAUAUAUGUGUGUGUGUGUGUGUAUACACACACACACUAUGCAAAACAAUUUGUAUAGUUGGGACAUUUACUUUUGUAACUAUAUGCAGUAUUUUUAAAUAAAAAUUAUAUCCAGUUUCUC